UGGCUACUGUGGGAGGAACGCAGGCCCCGCCCCCUCCGGGGAAAUCACUUCUUUCCGCCGAGGAACUGAGAGCCGCCGGCAGAGUUGCAGGCGGGGCGCCUCGGGCAGGACCUCCCUAGUCAGAAGCGGCCGUAAGCCCGAGCAGCUGGCCAGGGGCCCGCGCCCAGGAUGGGCGAGGUGGAGGCCCCGGGCCGUCUGUGGCUCGAGAGCCCCCCAGGGGGAGCGCCUCCAAUUUUCCUGCCCUCAGACGGGCAAGCCCUGGUCCUGGGCAGGGGACCCCUGACCCAGGUCACGGACCGGAAGUGCUCCAGAACUCAAGUGGAGCUGGUCGCAGAUCCUGAGACCCGGACAGUGGCAGUGAAACAGCUGGGUGUUAACCCCUCAACUGCCGGGACCCAGGAGUUGAAGCCGGGGUUGGAGGGCUCUCUGGGGGUGGGGGACACACUGUAUUUGGUCAAUGGCCUCCACCCACUGACCCUGCGCUGGGAAGAGACCCGCACACCAGAAGCCCGGCCAGAUACUCCACCUGGCACCCCUCCGGUGUCCCAAGAGGAAAAGAGGGAUCCUGAGCCACUGAAGAAGCGGAUUCGGAAGUCAUCCCCCGGCUGGGAGAACUUGGAGAAGUUGCUAGUGUUCACCGCAGUGGGGGUGAAACCCCAGAGCAAGGUGGCUGGCUUUGAUCUGGAUGGGACCCUGAUCACCACACGCUCUGGGAAGGUCUUCCCCACUGGCCCCAGUGACUGGAGGAUCUUGUACCCAGAGAUUCCUCGUAAGCUCCGGGAGCUGGAAGCUAAAGGCUACAAGCUAGUGAUCUUCACCAACCAGAUGAGCAUCGGGCGUCGGAAGCUGCCAGCCGAGGAGUUCAAGGCCAAGGUGGAGGCUGUGGUGGAGAAGCUGGGGGUUCCUUUCCAGGUGCUGGUGGCCACGCACACAGGCUUGUACCGGAAGCCAGUGACGGGCAUGUGGGACCAUCUGCAGGAACAGGCCAACGAGGGCACGCCCAUCGCCAUCGCCGACAGCAUCUUCGUGGGAGACGCGGCCGGACGCCCGGCUAAUUGGGCCCCAGGACGAAAGAAGAAAGACUUCUCCUGCGCCGACCGCCUGUUUGCCCUCAACCUCGGCCUGCCCUUCGCCACGCCUGAGGAGUUCUUCCUGAACUGGCCAGUGGCUGGCUUCGAGCUCCCCGCCUUUGACCCGAGAACUGUUGCCCGCUCGGGGCCUCUGUGCCUCCCGGAGUCCAGGGCCCUCCUGAGCUCUAGCCCAGAGGUGGUUGUCGCCGUGGGAUUCCCUGGGGCCGGGAAGUCCUCCUUCCUCAAGGAGCACCUUGUGUCGGCCGGAUACGUCCACGUGAACAGGGACACACUGGGUUCCUGGCAGCGCUGUGUGACCGCCUGUGAGAUGGCCCUGAAGCAAGGGAAACGGGUUGCCAUCGACAACACAAACCCGGACGCCUCAAGCCGCGCCAGAUACGUCCAGUGUGCCCGGGCUGCGGGCGUCCCCUGCCGCUGCUUCCUCUUCACUGCCACUCUAGAGCAGGCGCGCCACAACAACCGGUUCCGCGAGAUGACAGACUCCUCCCACGCCCCUGUGUCAGACGUGGUCAUGUACGGCUACAGGAAGCAGUUCGAGGCCCCGACGCUGGCGGAAGGCUUCGCGGCCAUCCUGGAGAUCCCAUUCCGCCUGAGCCUGGAGCCGAGGCUGGAGCGGCUGUACUGCCAGUUCUCCGAGGGCUGACCCCCCAGCUCCCCUCCAUAAUAAAUGCUGUUUCUCUUUGAA